AUGAGUGGAGGAGCCGCCAAGCCGAGACGAUGGGUUUCCCCCGGCCAACCAUCAUCCUUUCCCCCCAGUUCCAUUCCCCAAUUCUUCUUCCUCUUCGGCUCCCCAAAGCUUUCCCUUUUAGGGGCCAAUCAAGUUUUAAAAUUUUUUUCUCUCAAUUCAAUUUUUCAAUUAAUUAUUAAGGAAGUAAAUAAAUUUAAAAAAAAAAAAAAUGCCCAAAAAAUAAAAAAUAUAGUGGAAAGGAAAUUUAAAACAGGGAAAAAAAUAAAGAAAAAAAAAAAAGAAAAAAAAAAUAUGAAACGGGAGGGAGAGAGGGGAGAGGGGAGGGAGCGGGGGGGCAAAAAACGAAAAAGGGAAAACCCAAAAGACAGCAGGGAAAACAUAUAUAUCUACUCCUCCUCCUUAUACUCUCUAUCAUCUCGCUAUCAACUAUCUCUCUCACAUUCUAUCUCUCGAUUCUCUCUAUAUCUCGAUAUCUUAUCUCUCUCUGCUCUCUCUGUCUACUUUAUCUAUAUAUCGCUGUCUCUCCAUCUCUCCUCUAAUAGCUUCUAUCGCUCUCAUCUCUCUCUCUCUAAGGGGAUCGUAUCUUCCGCACGGUCAGCUAGCGCUCUCUCCAGAGCGUCAUCAUUUCCCAUCUCUAUCUCCAUCUCAUCUCUGCUCAAUUCUCUUCUCUGCCACUACGCUCGUUUCCAUCUCUCUCUUUCUCCAUCUCUCUAUCCAUCUCUUUCCAUCUCUCUCUCCAUCUUUUUCCAUCUCUCUCUCUCCUCAUCUCUCUCUCUCUCUCUUUCUCCAUUUCUCUCAAUUCAAUUCAGUUCAAUUCAAUAGACUUUAUUGACAUGGCAAGUAAAAUUACUUACAUUGUCAAAGUAUACAUACAACAAAAAUGGUGGGACCAACAGCAAUAAUAAUAGUAGUAGUGGAAAUGGGAUUACCAUUAACAGCAACUACAACAACAAUAAUAAUGAGAUUAACAAUACAUUAAAGCAAUAGUAGUCGACCAAUCUCAACAUGACUGAGAAGACACAUUACAUGCUAUGAAAGCCAAAACCAAACAGUAAAUAUUAUUGACAUUACAUUACACUUUUCACUGGCUGUCCCUCAGGUUGUGGCAGGAGGACACAUAUUUGGCUGCCAAAAUUGCACAUUUUGGCUUUUCACCCAAUAAAAAUUUUAUAGUUUCAAAUUCUUUGUACUGAAUGAUAAAUUUGGGAAAGAAAGAUUCUCUUAGGUCUGAGUAUUUGUCACAGUGUAAUAGGAAAUGCAGCUCUGUCUCUACCUCUCCCCGGGGGCAGAGUGAGCACAGCCUGUCCUCUCUGGGCAGCCAGGUUUGCCUGUGACGACCAGUCUCUAUAGCCAGACUGUGCUCACUGAGUCUGUACCUAGUCAGUGUUUCUCUCAGUUUUCUAUCAGUCACAGUGGUCAGAUAGUCUGCCACCAUGUACUGUCUGUUUAGAGCCAAAUAGCAUUGAAGUUUACUUUGAUUUUUUGUGGUGUCUUUCCAAUAGGUGAUAUAUUUUUCUUUUUGCUUUGUGAUGAUUUGGUUGGGCCAGAUUUUCUGAGUGCUGUCCUGAGGCUCUAUGAGGUUGGUUUUGGUUAGUGAACUGAGCCUCAGAACCAGCUGGCUGAGGGGACUCUUCUCUUGUUUCAUCUCUUGACAUAGUAGAGCUGUGUGAUGGAAUGUUUUGGGGUCACUUGUUUUUAGAUGGUUGUAAAAUUUGAUGGCUCUUUUUUCUAUUCGAAUAAGGAGGGGGUAUUGGCCCAAUUCUGCUCUACAUGCGUUAUUUGGAGUUUUUCUUUGCACUUGCAAUACAGUCUUGCAAAACUCUGCAUGCAGUAUUUCGAUUGGAUGUUUGUCCCAUUUGGUAAAUUCAGUAUUAGAGAGCGGACCCCAUACUUCGCUGCCAUAUAGAGCAAUUGGUUCUAUAACUGAUUGGAAGAUUUUGAGCCAGAUUCUAAUUGGAAUUUCGAUUUUAAUAUUCCUUUUAAUGGCAUAGAAUGCUCUUCUUGCUUUGUCUCUCAGCUCAUUCACAGCCAUGUGAAAGCUACCUGUGUUGCUGAUAUUUAGUCCUAGAUAUGUGUAAUUUUUGGUGUGUUCUAAUAGAACUGUGUCCAAAUAGAAUUUAUAUUUGUCAUCCUGAUUUCCGGACCUUUUUUGGAAUAUCAUUAUAUUCAUAUUUUUUUUAUUAACGGUCAGGGCCCAGGUCUGACAGAAUCUGUGCAGAUGAUCUAGAUGCUGCUGUAACCCCUCCUUAGUGGGAGACAGUAGCACCAGGUCAUCUGCGUACAGCAGACACUUGAUUUCAGUGUUGUGUAGGGUGAGACCACGUGCUGCCGAUUCUUCUAAUGUUUUUGCCAAUUCGUUAAUGUAGAUGUUAAAUAGUGUUGGACUUAUUGGGCAGCCCUGUUUCACUCCACGUCCCUGAGAGAAGAAGUAUGUUUGCUUGUUGCCGAUUUUAAUCGCACAUUUGUUUUUAGUGUACAUUGAUUUAAUAACAUCAUAUGUUUUCCCUCCAAUACCACUUUCUAUUCGUUUGUAAAAAAAGACCUUCGUGCCAAAUUGAAUCAAAUGCUUUCUUGAAGUCUACAAAACACGAGUAGAUUUUGCCUUUGUUUUGAUUUACUUCUUUGUCAAUUAGAGUCUGGAGGGUGUAAAUGUGGUCUGUUGUGCGAUAAUUUUUUACAAAUCCAAUCUGGCUUCUGCUUAGGACGUUGUGUUCAUCAAGGAAAUUAUGUAGUCUGCUGUUUAUGAUACUGCAGAGAAUUUUCCCCAAGUUGCUGUUAACGCAAAUUCCUCUGUAAUUAUUUGGGUCAAAUUUGUCUCCAUUUUUAUAAAUUGGUGUGAUCAAUCCUUGGUUCCAAAUAUCGGGGAAAAUACCUGCAGUUAGGAUAAUGUUGAAGAGUUUGAGUAUAGCCAAUUUGAAUUUGUGGUCUGUAUAUUUGAUCAUUUCAUUUAAAAUACCAUCAGCACCACAGGCCUUUUUGGGUUGGAGAGUGCAAAGUUUUUCCAAUAAUUAUUGUUCUGUAAUUGGGGUAUCCACAGGAUUCUGAUAGUCUUUGACUGCUGAUUCAAGGAUUUGUAAUUUUUCUUGUAUAUCUUGUUGUUCUGGGCUCUUUGUUAUAUUGCUGUAGAGGUUUGCAAAGUGAUUUCUCCACAUAUCCCCAUUUUGGAUAGCCAGUUCCUCAUUAUGAGGUUUGUUUAAUUUAUUCAAAUUCUCCCAGAAGUGGUUUGAUUCUAUGGAUUCCUCAAUCACAUCUAGCUGAUUUCUAAUGUGCUGUUCCUUUUUUGUUCUUAGGGUGUGUUUGUAUUGCUUCAGUGUUUCCCCAUAUUGAAGGCGUAUAUUUUUGUUGUCUGGGUCUCUGUGUUUAUGAUUAGAUAUAUUUCUCAAUUACUUUCUUAGAUUUUUGCAAUCAUUAUCAAACCAUUUUUCAUUAUGUAUUAUUUUUGGUUUGCUCUUAUGUUUCUUAAGAUUAGCCAAGGAGGCUAAUUUGUCAAAUAUAAAGGUUAUGUUCCAAACGGCCAAAUGUAUACCUUCAUUGGUGUAGGAGAAUGUUAAUGCUAAAAAGUUGUCCAGGAGAGAUUGUAUUUUUUGGCUACUAAUUGCUUUUUGGUAGAUUUCUGUACUGUUUGCACUCCAUCUAUAGGUCUGUUUAGUACCAUGUAAUUUAUUGGGCCGUGAUGCUUCAUGGUUGGGUUCUGCUCUUUUCAGAUACACUGUGAUUUUACUGUGGUCAGAGAGAGGUGUUAGUGGGCUGACUGUGAAGGCUCUGAGAGACUCUGGGUUGAGGUCUGUGAUGAAGUAGUCUACAGUACUGCUGCCAAGGGAUGAGCUGUAGGUGUACCUACCAAAAUAGUCCCCUCUUAACCUACCAUUGACUAUGUACAGACCCAGUGUUCGACAGAGCUUCAGGAGCUGUACUCCAUUUUUGUUUUUCACUUUGUCAUAGUUGUUUCUAGGGGGGUAUGUGGGGAGGGAAAGGUUGUUGCUUCCCGGUAGGUGUUUGUCCCCAUGACUGUUAAUAGUGUCUAGUUCUUCUGCUGUUCUAGCAUUCAGGUCUCCACAGACCAGCACAUUGCCUUGGGCCUGAAAGUGACUAAUCUCCCCCUCUAGAAUGGAGAAACUCUCUUCAUUGAAGUAGGGUGACUCUGAGGGGGGAAUGUAUGUGGCACAGAGGAAGACGUUGUUAUCUGUUAAGAUAGCCUCCUUGUUGAUUUUUAGCCAGAUAAAAAAUUAUCCUGUUUUGAUCAAUUCGAUUGAAUUAGUUAGUUCAGAUUUAUACCAUAUUAGCAUUCCCCCUGAGUCUCUGCCCUGUGUGAUUCCUUUUAAUUUGGUGGAUGGUACGAUUAUCUCCCUAUAACCUAGUGGACAGCCAGUGGAAACAUCACCUCUGCACCAUGUUUCCUGUAGUACUACAAUAUCAACAUCAUCAAUUUCUUUAAGGAAGUCUGGGUUUCUGCUCUUUAGCCCAAAAGCAGAGGACUUCAAGCCUUGUAAAUUCCAACAUGCAACGUAAAAAGACUUCAUAACUGUUUUUUCUUUACAUUCAAAAUGAGAUAAACACUCACAAUCCAACAAGAACUAUUAAAAUAGGAUUUUUCAAUUAAGGUAAACUCUUAUUAUGCAAAUGUGAUUUGUGUAUCAUUUAAGAUAGUAUUUGUGUCAUACCACUUGGGUGGAUGUAGUGUGAGGAUGGUGGAGUUCUUGUGCUCAUCUUACCAUGACCCUUGGCCUAUCACAUGUGAGCAUAGUAGAUUCAGCAUUUGUUUGAUGUCACUCAUUUCAUUGGUUGAGCGCUCUCUCUCUCCAUCUCUCUCCUCUCUCCUAUCUCAUCUCUCUCUCUCUCUCUCUCUCUCUCUCUCUCUCUCUCUCUCUCUCUCUCUUCUCUCUCUCUCUCUCUCUCCCUCUACAUAUCUCUCUCUUUCUCCAUCUCUCUCUCUCCAUCUCUCUCCAUCUCUCUCUCUCUCUCUCGCUCUUUCUCUCUCUCGCUUGCUCUUUCUCUCUCUCCAUCUCUCUCAUCUCUCUCUCUCUCUCUCUCUCUCUCUCUCUCUCUCUCUCUCUCUCUCUCUCUCUCUCUCACGCUCUCUCUCGCUUGCUCUCUCUCUCUCGCUCUCUUUCACUCUCCAUCUCUCUCUCUCUCUCUCUCUCUCGCUCUCUCUCUCAUCUCUCGCUCUCUCUCUCCAUCUCUCUCCCUCGCCAUCUCUCUCUCUCUCUAUCUCUCUGUAGACAGACGUAUGAGCUGUGUCUAACUGUGUUGUUUUACUGUUAUCUUUCUCCCUCAGCUAUCCAUGAGUUUCCAGAAGAUAUAUUUACCAAGGAGGAGCUGAAAGGAGGGGCAGUGCUGUUACAUGUGCUGUGUGUGAGUGUCCUAUAACACACCUCACAAAAACAACCAUGAUACCAUGAUACUGCAGUUUUGCAGCCACAUCCUUCAUGCAAUAUCAUCUGUUCAGAUGCGAUUAGACUUCAUAAUAGAAAUGAUCUGCUAAUUGCACUCUCAUAUUAAUGUACACCUGCCUGAAUUACAUCUGAAUUACUUAAAUGCUUCCUUAUCACAUCAUUUAUGGCCUGUAUCUCUAUUGUCAUCUCUCACUCUACCUCUUAGGCUAUCUACAUGUUCUACGCUCUUGCUAUUGUCUGUGAUGACUACUUUGUCCCUUCUCUGGAGAAAAUAUCAGAGGUGAGAAAACCAACAACACCAAUUCACUUUAAAUACAGGAAGGAGGCACCAUAUGCUGCUUUUUAUCAUUAUAUUACUAUUAUUAGUUGAAUAACUUAAAAUAUAAACUUUGUGCAAGAUAGGCUGAACAGGAUUUCUGUUACUGGAUCAUGUAUUUCUACAAAGAUAUAGUGCUUCUUGAUCAUGUAUUAUGAUUGUGUGAGAAGGUUCCCUCUUUUCUCUGGCCCUCCCAGAACCUGCAGCUCAGUGAGGAUGUGGCAGGGGCAACCUUCAUGGCUGCAGGAAGCUCAGCCCCAGAGCUCUUCACCUCUCUCAUUGGUCAGUACUUAAUCACUCUGUAUUUCCCUUCUCUUAACAGUAGUGAUAGCGGUGGCCAAUAUAUUGUGUCAAUGAACACUAUACAUAUGCCCAACACUGGCUGAUACAAAUUACCCAUAACUUUCACCAUCUUGCGAUUGAUCUUCAAUCCAUCCCAAUGACAUUGUUUGCUUAUCAUGUAAUGCCACAAAUAUCCAUCAGAUGUCAGCAGAGUCAAUAUGAAUAGUCUUUAAGUCUACAUCAAUGUAUAGGAACACAUUGGCAUAACCAUUGGUUUCAUCCUCUAAAAUGUAAUUGUCACUACAACUCCUCCCCCGCCUCUCUAUCUCUCGCAGGUGUGUUUAUCACUAAAGGAGACGUGGGGGUUGGCACCAUCGUGGGCUCAGCAGUCUUCAACAUCCUGGUCAUCAUUGGUGUGUGUGGCAUCUUUGCGGGCCAGGUAUAGACCUCUGAUACUACACACCUUUAUGGUCGUAACAGUGUGGCUAUGGCUGAAGACUUCAUGAAUACAUGUAAACAUAUUUUCCUACACAUGCACUGGCUGAGUGAACCUGAGGAGGCAGCUAUGUGUUGGUUGUCUGUUAGUAGUCUCUCUCUCUCUCUCCCCCCUCUGCAGACGGUGGUUCUGACUUGGUGGUCUCUGUUCAGGGACUCCACCUACUACAUCUUCUCUGUGCUGGCUCUCAUCCUGGUGAGGGAGACAAGGGAGAGAGGAGGGGAAAUGAAGACCAUACAAUCAAAUGCAUUUAAAUACCAAUAUACAGUAGCUUACUUGUGCUCUACGAUUACAGUGCUGUAUAAACUGCCAGGCCAUAGUGAAAGGAUGGUAUGAAAUGCAGCUGUGAAUAGUUUAAUGUGUUAACUUUCUCUUUGUAGGUCAUCUUUGAUGCAAAAGUUGUCUGGUGAGUUUCAUCACAAUUAUUUUAAUGAACCUAAUUUACUUUUGUGACAACAGUGACAACAGUUACUUAUGUAAGAAUUGUAAAAGUACAGUAAAAUAGCAGUUUACUGGUUUCAGGUCGUAGUUGAACUGUGUAUUUCUCUGAUUGUAGGUGGGAGGCCGUGCUCCUAAUGACCAUGUAUGGAGUCUACAUUCUUAUCAUGAAGUGAGUAUUCUGCUUAGCCCCCUCUCACAGGAGUCCUCAAUCCACAGAGCAUGUACAGCAGUGUCUGCUUGUGCUUGUGUUUCUCUUAUGAAAGCUGUUUUGGGGUUUCAGGUUCAACUCCCAGCUCUUGGGCUGUGUGACACGUCGUUUUGGGGGUCCGGGUCAGUGUUGCCUGGGUAGUGAUGGACACAGAGACGAGGAGAUGGCAGAGGACGGACCCACCUGCAACACCAACAUGGUGCUGCUCAGGAAAGGUCUGUCUGGAGCUCGUUACAGCUCUCACUGUAUGUCUGUCUGGCUGUAUGUCUGUCACUGUCUGUGUCCUCACAUGGGUUUGUGGCUUUCUGAGUGUUAGAAGCUGUGACUGUUAUAGUUUUUUGUGCUAAUCACAAGUCUCACAGUUCAUUAUAACCGCAUCAUAAUGCAUUAUACCCGCAUCAUAAUGCAUUAUACCCGCAUCAUAAUGCAUUUUACCCGCAUCAUAAUGCAUUUUACCCGCAUCAUAAUGCAUUUUACCCGCAUCAUAAUGCAUUAUAACCGCAUCAUAAUGCAUUAUAACCGCAUCAUAAUGCAUUAUAACCGCAUCAUAAUGCAUUAUAACCGCAUCAUAAUCCAUUAUAACCACAUCAUAAUGCAUUAUAACCGCAUCAUAAUGCAUUAUAUCUGCCUGCCGGCUUUAGGUCAAGUGUUAUUCCUAUCACUCUCUCACCCUGCAGGCCAACCCCAGGUUCAGGAGUCUCCUCCGGUGAUGAUGGUGGACGAGCUCCUCAUCCUCAACCCCCACCAGUUGUCCUUCUCCGAGGCCGGCCUGCGCAUCAUGAUCACCCCCCACUUCUCCCCUCGCACCAGGCUCAGAAUGGCGGGACGCAUGCUCAUCAGUGAGGUAGUCGACUCAGGCUGGAGGAACAUCAGCAACAGGCCACGUUAGACACUAUGGAGCACUCAUUAUUUUCUCCCACACAGAGACAGAGGUUGAUCAGGAGUCCCAACAGCCAGCUGGACGGGGAGACCGGCGCAGGGGCAGGGACAGGGGGCACCCCUCUGAAGGGUUCUGGAGGUCUCGAGAAUGGGGGCAGUGUGGAGAGGCAGACCCCUGAGGGGGCCGGGCUAGGGGACGCAGGGGAGAAGCCAGGGGCGGAGGGCUGUCAGGCUGAGGAAGAGAAGGAUAAUGAUGAUGGGCCGUUCAGGCCUCUGCACUGGCCAGGUGAGGAUGUUUUUUGUUGCCAUCUGCUAUGUGCCUGACUGAGGCCAGGAUAAAAAAAAUGCUGUACAAACAUCGCACUGCACUUGACCUUUAUAGGCAAUUUACAGACAUUCGCUGAAAUUGCAUUUGAGGAAAACACUGCAUGUCAACUCUGGUAUAUUCUUGUUAUUGUGUGUGUGGCAGGUGGUUGCUGUGCGCGGGUCAAGUGGCUGAUCUCGUGGCCCCUGGGCCUGCUGCUGUACUGCACUGUGCCUAACUGUGUGUUCCCCCGCUGGCACCGCUGGUUCAUGGUCACCUUCUUGGCCUCCACCCUGUGGAUAGCCAUCUUCUCCUACCUCAUGGUGUGGAUGGUAAGGACCCACAGCAGAGCCGUACGGCUAUAUCGGAACUUCCAAGCCAGGCUUUCUACAACCUUGUAAUGUCUGUUGCCUUCCAGGAGUUAUAGGAUGGCAUUUAAAGAUGCACUAUGCAAAAAUCGCUCCACCAUUUCCUGGUUGCUAAAAAUUUAAUAGUUCACCUAAUUUCAGUUUAUGCGACAAAACAAGCAAGUAUAGUGUAGAGAAUCAUUGUACCAUCUAAACCGCUGUGAAAUGUAUUUUCCAUAACCAAAAAUAUUGUAUUUUCAGCUGUUUGAAGCUGGUGAACGAAAGUAAAAGACGCAAAAAAGAAUCUUAAGAACGGGAAGCAUAGUAAUAGCGCACAUAGAACAGAUCUACCGCUUCUUAGACUUGCUUUCAAUGAGAAUGACAGAUCUAUAACACACAUUUCUAUGUGCAUUUGGUCGGGUCGCCCAAAAAGUUACAUAUUGCAGCUUUAAGAAGGUGAGUGUGUGUGGUGUCUCUGUCUCUAAACUAGCUGUGUGUCCCCACAAGGUCACCAUCGUCAGCUACACACUAGACAUCCCAGACUACAUCAUGGGUAUCACCUUCCUGGCAGCGGGCACCAGCGUGCCAGACUGCAUGGCCAGCCUCAUUGUAGCUCGGCAAGGUACCCGUCACCCUCUCUUUUCAACUCUCUCUUCAGACUCUUGAGCAGCUUUUCAACGUCCUGGUGGUGUAUUGUAGACUGUUGUGCUUUAGUUUGACUUUACUCUCCCUCUCUCUCAGGUAUGGGGGACAUGGCAGUGUCUAACUCCAUUGGCAGUAAUAUAUUUGACAUCCUGUUGGGGCUGGGUUUCCCGUGGGCUCUGCGCACUCUGGUAGUGGACAACGGAUCAUCGGUGGGCAAUUAUUUAUUACAACUAUCUCUAUUGACAUUUAACAACCAUCAGCAUAUUAUUAGGGUGACAGUUAGCCUAGCGGUUAGAGUGUUGGGCCAGUAACCGAAAAGUUGCUAGUUCUCCCCGAGCCGACAAGGUGAAAAAUCUGUCGAUUUGUCCUUAAGCAAGGCACUUAACCCUAAAUUGCUCCAGGGUUGCCGUUGAUAAUGACAGACCUGGCCGUGACCCCACUCUCCAAGGGUGUCUCAGGGAGAGUUGAGAUAUGCAACAAAAAAAAGGUUUUACAAUUCACACAUGCCUAUUAAUACAUAAUAGCCACAUGAAAUAAAACAAAUAUAAGCCCACCAUCUGACCCACUCACCCUCUUCUUCCUCAAAGGUCUACAUUAACAACAAGGGCCUGGUGUAUUCUGUUGUCCUGCUGCUGGCCUCCGUCUUCCUCACAGUAAGUGUGUGUGCGUGCCUGCAUGCAUGUGUCAUGCCACAAUGGAGUUCAUGAGUGACUGUUGCACUAGACAUCUGGUUCUGAGCAUCAUUCAACCACAUAACAGGCCUUGCUAUAUACAUAUCACAAUUUUAUUGCCUUUUCACUUUUUACAAGUCUUUUGUUACAGACAACAAACAUACACAACGGUUAUAGUUUUAUUGGUAUUGUACGUUUUACAAUACAUUUGUUAUGGACCAUAAGCAGGAUGGCGGAAGGCAGGGCAAGUAUAGUACAGUCUUUCUGGAGAAGGGUGUGGGUCCAUCUACUGUUCCGGUUCUAGGCACGUUUAGUUGUGUGGUUCCACCAACCAUCGAGUCAUAGCAAAGCUAUUCCUCUUUACCUCUUGCACCCCCUCUUUCCCAUUUCCACUGAACCCCUCUCCAUCUGCCCAUCCCCUUCUCUCUCCACCUCCCCCUCUUCCCCCUCUCAACUUCUCUCCCUCCAGGUGAUGAGUGUCCAUCUGAACCACUGGAAGCUGGACCGCCGGCUGGGCCUGGGUCUGAUAUUCCUCUAUGCUAUCUUCCUGCUCUGCUCCAUCUUCUUUGGGCAGAUGUGAGGCUGACGCUGGGGUCAAAGGUCAACCCUGAUUCGCCUUCCUGUAAGCUGCCACGUCCAGGAGUCCUCUGUCUCCAAGAGAUCCGCUCUCCUAAAGCCAAAAAAAAGUCUCAGCUACAUUGUGCUAAAAGUUAAUGUGAUGUACCACAAACAGAAUAUGCUUGGAUGACAUUACACACACACACAAUACACAAACACACAAUACACAAAC